AUGCUGUGCUUUGAGGCACUGUCUAAGGACACCGUAAUGAAAUCUACUCAAGCUGCAUCUGAGAUUAAGCCUAUAUUACAGCAUACAUAUACCAACAAAUUCAAUCGUAAAUUAAAAACCAUGGGAAAAAAUACAGCAAUCAGUUCAAAAAAGAAGUCGAGCAAACCUUGGUGGAUAUAUCCGUAUUCUGUUGAGUGGAAAAAAUACAUGCAACGCUUAAAAAUGCCUCAAAAAUUUCUUCAGCAACAAAAAAAAUUGUUAAAUAAACAAAUCAUGUCACCAACAUUUCAUCUCAUAAAUAAUCAAAAUAAAAAUGUAGACUUAUCUGAUUCUGAUAUGGAAAUCAUCAAGAUUACAACAGUUGUCGAAGCCAUUCGACAGAAACGACAAAAUAGUGCGCAAAUGUUAAAAACAACAAAUAAUAUUCAGAAAAUAAUUGGUAACAAACGUUCAAAACGUUCGUCUUCUAAAUCAAGAAAUAAUUCGCAGCCUGCUCGACAAGAAAAAACUAUUGUUUCAAAUAAAAAAUCUCAUAACUCAAAUCCCAAUUAUCGAAAACAACGAAAGAGGACUCUUCCAAUGAAAAAACCGUUACGAAAUGAAAAUUCGACUGAUCUUAAAACAGCGAAUAAUGUAGCGAUACCAAGUACUGUAUUUUACAAACGUAUUUGGGAAUACAUUAACGGUACUCGUCCUCAUACCGAUAUUAUCAGUGGUUACAAUUCCUUAGAAAAUAAUUCGGAUAAUUCAACAUGCACUGAUAAAGAUCGAGUUACAGUCUCACAAUCGCAGGAAGAUAAGACACAAGUAACAAAUACCAAUAUUAAACCGGAACGUGAUUUUUAUAAACGCAUCUGGGAUAUAAUCAAUGCAACUCAAUUGAUUAGAAACACAAACUCUCGUUCUAAACGAAACACGAGUACUCCAAAAAAUAACGCGGUUUCAACUCCAUGCAUCCAAGAAGAAACGGUCAAUUACAAAGAAGAUAAACAGGUGCAAGCGACAAUAAAUGAAAAAACACCACUCAACAUUACAGGUACUUUGUCAGAAAUAUCUGAUUCUGGUCCUUAUAUAUCGGGCUUUUGGAACAUUGCAAAUAAAAUUCAAUGGCAACCUAAAACGAUUCCGGUUGUGAGCCUAGCAAAAUUAAAUAAUAAUCCGAUUUUAUCAUCACCUGUAACCAGCGCUUCUGAAGUGGACGAUUUGAAUAAGUUUCCAGAUAAAGUUAUAAGUAUUGAUUAUUCGUCCAUAGAUAAUUCGACAGAAUACACAACUGAAAUGCGUAAUUCAUCACAGGAAAUCAUCUCCGAACCAGGUCCGCCAUAUUCUUCUGAAGAGAGUUCCACUACUUCGUUAUUCUUGCCAAUCGAAAGUGCUGUCGAGAAACCCUUGCAGGAAACGGAUCAAGUGGAACGCGCAGAAAAUUCGACAGGCACGAUUCCGAAUUAUGAUCCUUUAAAUAUACCCUAUGUAGAAGUACCAGAUUAUUCCGAUCAACAGGAGAAGAGUUUAGAUAAAAACAAUCAGAACACAACUUCAGCGAGAUAUAAAGAAUAUGAUGAUAGCGAUUACGAUUAUAUUCCUAAACAGUUCCACGACACUGAUGAUUUCUCUUCAAAUUCCCCAAGUGCUAAGAUUAAAGUGAUACAGACUGAAAGUGACGGGCCAAAAACCUCAUUGAAUGCAAACAGCACGCGUCCAAGUUGCACGGAAAGUAAUGAUUCUGCCGAAUGCGUCGACAAUGAUAAUAUCGAAGAUACCAAGUUGCACAAUAAUACCGAGAAUAUUACUGACGAUAUUCACCGUCCCGCAGAAGAAGAAGAUAAAAGUUCAGAUUUCAUCGACUUUGAUGAAUACAAAAAAUCGAUCAAUUGGGAGGAGUUCUUUAAAAACGAUCCUAUAUUGGAAAAUAUACGAGCUAUGUUUAGCAAGAAAUACGAUCAAAAGGAAAAACCUGAUGACACCGAAAAGUCUGAAGAAGUCGAGACGUAUGCCACGGAUCCAAAAAAACAAUCACAUAAUUAUUUUACGAAGAACGAAGAUUUCCAUGAUGAUUACAGUUUUAACAAUAGAGACAAGACAAAAGAGGAAACCGAUUCUCACGAGCAAAAAGAAGCAAAAGAAAGUGAGGUAAUCGAUAAGGAUUAUUAUCCUUAUGACGAUGAAGAUUUUUUCAAGGAUAUGUUCGAAAAGGACAACGACGAUAAAGAAUCGUCUGAUGCAGUUGACACGGAAAAAGACUUCUUGUCUCGUUACUUUACAAAGAAUGUUUUACACCAGUUGAAAGACAACUCGACAAUCGAAGAAGACAGACAAAGGGAGGAAUCGAGAAACAGGGAAGAUAUUUAUAAUACAUUAUCAAAAAUUUUAGACAAGAAGGAUCGUUUCUCUAGAUUAAAUGAGAACCUCAAUAAAAUGAUUGAAAAGGGUGAAGCAGUACCGAUCAAAUAUAACAACUUUUGGAGUUUGGAAUACGAAUCGCCUCGUAAAAGAAAUAAAGACAAUGAACAAGAAACAGAAGAUUCAAAAGAAGAAGGAGAGACAGAGAGAGAGAGAGAGAGAGAGAAACAGACAGAAAAA